AGAGCUGAGUGGCUAUUCAAGAGCUACAGAAAUAAUUUUCAACCUCGAGAGUGAGAAUCCUGAACCGCCUCUCAGAUGCUGUCGCGCUGCUUCGUGCAGGGAAGCUAAGCGGAACUGGACCUCGGCCCCUCGAUUCUGAGCGGCAAAGAGGCUAAUGUGCAGAGCAGGGGGCCCAUGUCUGCUGCUCGCUUUGAAGAAGCCCAGCAAGAUGUCAGGGCUGCUCUCAGUCCUCCUGCACCUUCUUCUUCUCUUCAAGCUGGUUGCCCCUGUGACCUUUCGUCACCACCGCUAUGAUGACCUAGUGCGGACCCUGUACAAGGUGCACAACCAGUGCCCCCACAUCACGCGGAUCUACACCAUCGGGCGCAGCGUGCAGGGCCGACUCCUCUACGUGCUGGAAUUCAGUGAUUACCCCGGCACUCACGAGCUCUUGGAGCCGGAAGUCAAGUAUGUGGGGAACAUGCACGGCGAUGAGGUGCUGGGCCGCGAACUUCUGCUGCAGCUGUCUGAGUUCCUGUGCGAGGAGUUCCGGAACCGGAACGAGCGCAUCGUGCAGCUCAUCCAGGGCACGCGCAUUCACAUCCUGCCGUCCAUGAACCCAGACGGCUACGAGAUGGCUGCUGCGCAGGGCCCAAACACAUAUGGAUAUCUGAUUGGCAGGAACAAUGCCAACGGAGUGGACCUAAACCGAAACUUCCCUGACCUCAAUACCUAUUUCUACUAUAAUGAGAAGUACGGAGGCCCCAACCAUCACUUGCCUCUUCCAGACAACUGGAAGAGCCAGGUGGAGCCUGAGACCCGGGCUGUGAUCCGCUGGAUGCAGUCCAUCAACUUCGUCCUCUCAGCCAAUCUGCAUGGCGGGGCAGUAGUGGCCAAUUACCCGUAUGACAAGUCGCUCGGACACCGGCUCCGGAGUUCACACCGCGCGGCCACCACCCCCACCCCCGACGAUAAGCUUUUCCAGAAGCUGGCCAAGGUCUACUCCUAUGCUCAUGGCUGGAUGUAUCAGGGUUGGAACUGUGGGGAUUACUUUCCGGAUGGCAUCACCAAUGGGGCUUCCUGGUACUCUCUCAGUAAGGGAAUGCAAGAUUUUAAUUAUCUCCACACCAAUUGCUUUGAAAUCACACUGGAACUCAGUUGCAGUAAGUUUCCCCACCAAGAGGAACUAGAGCGGGAGUGGCUUGGUAAUCGAGAAGCCCUAAUCCAAUUCUUGGAACAGGUUCACCAGGGCAUCAAGGGAAUGGUGCUUGAUGAUAACAAUAACAACCUCACAGGGGCUGUCAUUUCUGUCGCUGGAAUUAAUCACGAUGUCACAGCAGGUGAACACGGGGAUUACUUCCGGCUGCUGCUCCCAGGUACCUACAGUGUCACAGCCACAGCACCUGGGUUUGAGCCAUACACAGAAGUUGUGACUGUGGGGCCCGCAGAGCCAAAACUGAUAAACUUCCAUCUCAAGAGAAGCAGCACUCAAGUAAGCUCCAGGAGGAGAGCUUCCCAUGGAGGGCAGGGAGGCAGAGUGAAAGUACAGCCCCACAUACCCCGAAAGAAGGACACAGCCACGAAGCAGCCACAUAGAGGCCCUGCCUGAAAGAAAGCGAGGAGCCGAGCCCAGGGGAGGACUUCACAAAGGCUCUGCUCCUGCUUUCAGAUCCCACAGGGCAUGCUGUCUGUUUUAGUAUUUGGGACAUAUUUAAAUAUAAGCCUAUUCAGACCAA